AGAUCAGCUGUUUACGCUGUGACAGCAGUAGGGGACGUGUCCCCAGCCUUUAAGCGCCUUGUUAUUGUUGGUGGGGCUGCGCCUUUUCAGGUCACGGGAUUCUUGUGUAGGAUGUCCCUGAACCCUUAAUACGAUAUCGAAUGUCGAUGAAUGUGGACGUUGGGCGUGUAGGAUUACGACCGGUUUCUUGUGGGAGGGACGGGGAAGCCCGUGGUGUCCCGUGACGGAUCUUGAAAGAGGAAUCGAUGGAGAGAUACGACGAGGACUUGGAAGAGAACACCUUCUUCCAAGUGCUGAAGGGAGAGUACGUCGAAGUGUUCGAAAAGGCUGUCCUCUCCGGGUGGAUUAUUUGCGUACCGAGGGCCGGGGUGUUGCCUAAGUACUCCCUGGGUCAGGAUGACAUUUUAGCUCAUAUUUUGGUGCCUAGCGAAGAGUUACCGGAAACUCAUAUGAGAACGUUGGCCGAUCGAGACGUCGUGGUGAAGGGGAACCUCUUAGUGCUGCAGAACGACGUCUCUAAUCCCCAUUCGGUUCACGUUUUGUUCGACGAGACAUUUUACGAUGAAGAAAAUCACAAGUAUAAAGUGUUGUGCCUUGAAGACCCCCUCUAUGCCUCGCAUGCCUUGCCCUCGUCGACGUCGAAUUUAGUGGUGCUUACUAACCUCCGCGACUGCUUUGAUCUCCUCUGGACGGAAGCAGGUGGAGAGAAAACUCUGUCGAAAUUGGAUGGCCUCAUUCGAGCUUUUCUUACGGAGAGGUCAAAUUUAGAGGAAGAAUCUCUUCAGGUAUUGCGAGAUCUAGGUAGUGAACUGUUUACAGAGGCCAUUCAGGUGACUCUGUCAGACAAUUCUCGUCUGAAGCAGAAGGAAAAAGAAGACCAGUAUCUUCUAGAUACUGUAAAAUUAGCUGUUGAGACUUAUGUAUUACAUGGGAUUUAUAAAAGCUUAAUGAAAGGUAUCACUGCAUGUACUGCUGUUGAGGAUGCACGCUUAAAUCGUAUAAUAAAGAAUCUAACAGAUUUACAGGUGCGAGAUUUAGAUAUAGACCCUCAACUUUCGGGUAGCCUAACCAAAGCAAAAUUUGAGUUUUCCAAUAUAGAAGGUUUCACGUCACCAUUAGGAAAACUUGGGUGUUUGAAGAGAGCAAUUUCUAUUGUAAUGACACAGUGUAGCAUUCUUUCUUCAGAUAUACUUCUGCCUGUAUUAGUGUUUCUAGUGGUGAAAGCCAAUAUCCCAAACUGGUAUGCCCAGAUAACCUUUUUAAAGUUUUUUCGUUUUUCUGCAUUGGGCGCAGAAAGUGGAGAACAGAGCUUUAAUAUUUCAUCUCUUGAGGCAGCCAUACAGCAUAUAGAUUCAGGUGCCUUUAUGGGAUCUACCUCACCAGAAGCAGAUAGUGUGAUGCAGCCUGAUAGCACAUCGAGUCCAGUCCUUAGAAGUAUGGAGGAAGCCUUAGCAUAUAAGGGCGUAGAUCCAACAGCACGCUAUUUUGAGUGCAUUCGCCUGGGUAAAGCAGAUGAUGUGAAGGACAUACUUGAUGGAAAGUACAAUCCAUUUGAAGAUAAUGUUGAGAGGGAGCCACCAAUAACAGAGGCAGAUGCACAGUUGUGUCAUCCUCUAUGUUCCUGUGAUAAAUGUGAACGACUUGUAUCAAAACCUAAGAAAAAUUUGUUGCCCACUGUCCAUACCCGUGAUGAGAGAGGUUAUACUGGCUUGCAUGUUGCUUGCAUAUUUGGUAGGCCGACUGUUGUUGAAUUGUUGAUAAGUUUAGGUUCUGAUUUAGAUGCCACUGACUUUAGAGGUGCCACACCGCUACACUAUGCAGCACAACGUGGUCAUCAAAAUGCACUACUCCUUUUGCUGCAUUCAGGUGCUGACAUGAACAGGCGUGAUAGUGAUUCUAAUACACCUUUGCAUUUAUGUUCAUUGAAUGGACAUUUGGGGUGUGUCAAGGCAUUACUUUUUUAUGCAGAAUCUGUAGGCUGUGAAAUUGCCAUCAGUGCACAGAAUAAUGUCCUUGAUACCCCCUUGCAUUUGGCAUGUCGAUGGGGAUAUGCAUCAAUUGUUGAACUGCUAUUGGAAAGAUUUAUAGCGUUAGGUCUUGACUUGAAAAUUCGAAAUAGCAGAAAGUUGACCCCUAUUGAAUGUGCCCACAAUUUGCACAUAACAAAAAUGAUUUUAGAAGCUAAGAUAAAGAGUGACAACGAGAAAUUACACGGCUUCAUCAGAGUUGACGUUGGUGGGCGUAGAUCUUUGCUCCACUCUGAAAGGUCUUUUGAUUAUCCAAACAAUUCAGGUCAGCCAUAUACCUCUGAAAGUGCAGCAGAAAUGAAGAAGAUAGAAAAACUGUUGAAAUUUGUAGCCGUUGGUGAUAUCAAGUUGGUUUGCUAUUACCUAAAUAUUAAGGAAGAUCCAAAUCCAGGCUAUGAAUUGUCAUCCCCGCGACCUUUAUGUCAUCCGUUGUGUCAGUGCUCUAAUUGCUUGCCCACAUUGCUGUACACACAAGAACCCAUAGGCUCCUUUAAAGCAACACCAAAUUAAUGCUUGCAAUGCUGAUGGAAACACAGCGCUCCAUGUUGCAGUGAUGCACGGUCAUCUUCUCCUGGCCAAGAUACUUUUAGCUCAGGGUGCAGACCCUGAUUUACAGACACGUAGUAAACACUUGACGCCACUUCAUCUUGCG